AUACCUCUCUCUCUCUCUCUCUCUCUCUCUCUACUAUCUCUCUCUCUCUCUCUCCUACAGAUUACGAAGCUCUGUGAGUGUAUCUGUGUUUGGGUGAGAGACAAAGAGAGAGAGAAUGGUGGUAAGUGGGUUGAGGGAAAGAUUGUAGAGGGAGGGAGGAUGAGUUUGUUAUGCAGUCUAUGGCUAGUCAUUGUGCUUUUUCACCAUCUCCAAACAGAGACUACGCGUUUAUCUCCAACAGCUUCAAAGCCAAGCCUUCAAGGCCUUCAACACCUGCUGCUCUGUUUUCUUCCCCAAGUGACAGAAGACCCUCUUAUAAUUCGCUUGUCUUCCAGGCUGCAAGGCUUUUGGGCGCUCCAGCAAGAUUUGAAGCUUCAAAGCUGAAAGUGGUAUUUAUGGGAGAAGAGACAAAUAAGAAUACCGGGAUUGUGCCAAGAACCUAUACCCUCUCCCAUUGUGAUUUUACAGCAAAUUUAACAUUGACUAUCUCAAAUGUCAUCCACCUUGAUCAGUUGAAAGGGUGGUACAAUAAGGAUGAUGUGGUUGCACAGUGGACGGACAUAAAGGGAGAUAUGAGUCUAGAUGUCCAUUGUUAUGUGAGCGGGCCAAAUCUCCUUCUAGACCUGGCUGCGGAGUUUAGAUACCACAUAUUCUCCAAGGAGUUGCCUUUGGUACUUAAGGCCUUGCUGCAUGGAGAUUCAGUUCUGUUCAGUGAGCAUCAUGAGCUCAUGGAUGCCCUAGUUCGAGUUUAUUUUCAUUCUGGUCUGAAAAAGUACAAUCGUGUGGAAUGUUGGGGGCCACUAAAGGAUGCCGCUCAGGGAAGACAAGGAGAUCAAGUCCAUGAUUUGUUAACCAAAAGCAAGGAAGUUUCCCACCCUAAGCUUUGGGGAAGUCCAAAAUCAAUCUUCCAAGCUCUUGUUGCCUUUCUUCUUUAAAUUGAACAAGAAAAAGCAAAAUAGUCUUAAAAGCCGUCAUUAUUUCAACUCAGUCACUGCCACUCCUGGGGUUCAUGCUCAAGGUUCUUUUGUGAUAAACUUGAAACCGACUUGUGAAGACUUAGAUCCAAAAUCUCUGAGUUACUCACUGACAAGCAUUGUUUUCAAGUUCAUUUGAUUCUUUUGUACUUAAAACAUUUCUUCAAAUGACAAACUUGACCCAGAAUUCUUGUGAAACUAAGACUUCUUGUCCAUUCAUGGCCUAAUUGCUGGCUUAUACCUGGAUUUGUGCUAUUUUGAUCAAUGUGGACUCUCAACAUCGAUAUAGUGCAUUUGGGAUAUCUAAGACAGACUGGCCUCAGACUUGUUC